AGACAUUCUUUUCUCUGCUCACUCUGCACUUCUCACUCACAGACUCAGAGAACUCAAAACACCCCACCUUGGGUUGUUUUACUCAUAUUGUCUCUCACGGGCUCAUGAAUGAUUAAUCAUUCAUCUUUUUACUCUGUAAAGACAACCAUCUUGGCCUUCCUUUUUCUCACAUUCCUUUGAUUUUUCUGGUGUUGUGUUCUUUGCUCAUAUUGUUCAAUUGAUGACCAUUCUAUAUCUGUGUUACUAAAAUCAUGGUUUUGGGACUGAAGGCCAGAACUAGGAAUAGCCCCUCAGUUCAAGUCGAAUAUCUAAUCCAUAUUAAGGCGAUUAAACCUUGGCCACCCUCGCAUUCAUUGAGAACUCCCCGUGCUGUUUUAAUCGAGUGGGAACACGGAGAUAAGCACUCUGGAUCUACUAAUCAAGUUGUUCCAUCGUCGGGAACUGGUUCUGGUAUUGGUGACGGAAGAAUUGAAUUCAAUGAGUCGUUUAGACUUCCUGUGACGCUUCUAAAGGAAACUUCACUUAAAGGUGGAGAUGGAAACACUUUCCAAAAGAAUUGCAUCGAAUUCCACUUGUAUGAACCCCGGCGUGAUAAGACCGUAAAAGGUCAACUUUUAGGAACUGCUAUCGUUGACUUGGCAGAUUAUGGUGUUGUUAGAGAGAGUUUGAGCAUAUGUCCCCCUAUUAACUGCAAGCGAACUUAUAGGAACACAGCACAGCCUCUUCUUUUUCUGAAAAUUCAGAUAGGUGAGAGGAGUCGCGUAAGGUCAUCUUUGAGGGACAAGUUAAAAAGAGAAGCUUCAAUGGACCGAAAUGGUUCUCUUUCUAGAUUACUGAGUGAAGAAUAUGCUGAUGAAGCUGAAUUUGCUUCAUACACUGAUGAUGAUGAUGAUGAUGUUUCCUCGCAUUUAUCAGCGCCUGUUUCUUCUUCAGCUAACGAAUCAAACUAUGGUUCACCACCUCAAGAAGAGGAUAUAUCCGAGGGAGUAAAAAGUAGCGCUGGACAAGAUGAAGAUGAAAAUGUUCUAGAUUACAAGGAAAGGCUUGCAGAUGUGGACGAGAAUCCUGAGACAAAAUCUCUAUCUAGUUUGCAAGGAAGUUUGUCGCACUCCUCAACUGAUAUGUCCUCUGAUCUGGCUUGGAUCUCAAAGAAAAUUGGUGGUUGUAGUAGCGUUCAGUAUUCAACAUUUAAUGUGAGUGAUAUAAAUGAGGAGACUCAGAAUGCCUGCAUGAUAAUCAAACAGGACAAACAGGUACAAUGCAUGGAACAAAUAGCGGCCAAUGGCAAAAGUGUUGGUGAAAAAUCCAGUCGACAGAACUCAGAUCCAGCUGAAAGAGCCUGUCCAAUUCCGUGUAUCACAGAUGAGAGUAGCAACUUUGAGAGCACAGUUAGUAUUUUCUCCAAUAGUGUGAUGGAAGAGAAAAAGUCAACUCUAUCUGUAAAUGGGCUGUGGGAUGAUGCCAGAGAUGCGGGUACUGAAAAUGGUUCUGUUGAAGGUGAAAACAGUGAGGAUCAUCAGGAAAAUGGACAAGAAUGUGUUCUUCGCAAUGGAAAGCAACACCAGGAGAACGAACAAGGAAAAGAAAGCUCGGAAGAUGAAGGGCAAUGCAAAAAGGAUGAGUUAAUCAGUUGCUAUUCAGAAGUGGAUACUAUAAAACUUGACUUGAUGGAAAUUAAUGCAAUUUCUUCUUACAGGGACAGUUCCGAAGCAAAGAGUAGUACCUCCCAUAGUGAGAUAGUAAAGCAUGUGAUGUCAGUCAGGUCAUCACCAGAAUCAAAUAGAGGUGACGGAUCUGUCGGAAGUAAUCAGAUUCUAGUGCAAGACACUCCGAAAGGUGCUCGAGGUUUUUCAAGCAAUGAGAGAAAAGAAAAAGUGAGUCCAAGAGACACAACAAACAUUCUUUUGGAAAGCCAAAUCCAUAAGUUGGAGCAAAGAGUAAAGAUGCUUGAAGGAGAAUUGAGAGAAGCUGCAGCUAUUGAAGUUGGCCUUUACUCAGUUGUUGCAGAGCAUGGAUGUUCCGCAAAUAAGGUCCAUUCUCCGGCAAGACGUCUGUCUAGGUUCUAUCUACAUGCAUGUAAAGAAAACUCCGUAUUGAAAAGAGGAAGUGCUGCUAAAAGUGCUAUUUCUGGAAUAUAUUUGGUUGCCAAGGCAUGUGGAAAUGAUGUUGCUAGGUUAACUUUCUGGCUAUCAAAUUCAGUGGUGCUGAGAGCAACUAUAACCAAAUUCCAUGGGCAGCAGCAGCUACCUCUUUCUACUGAAACUAUGCUUGGAAAAUCUGUUGUCGCGGACAAGAAGAAAUUUUCUCCACUUAAGUGGGAGUCUCACUCUAGCAACGGUGUCAGAGAUGAUAUUUGUGAGAGUUUAGGCAAUUGGGAGGACCCUGUUACAUUUAUAAGAGCACUCAAGAAAACAGAGGCUUGGAUAUUCUCCCGCAUCAUUGAAUCUAUUUGGUGGCAGACUCUCAUUCCACAUAUGCAGUCUGGUGCUUCAACAGCGAUCUGUAAUAGCAUGGGUUCCGAGAUAAACAAUGUCUGCAGUAGGACGUCUAGUUUUGGUGCUGAAGAUGGAAAAUUUUCCUUGGAUCUUUGGAAGAAGGCUUUAAAAGAUGCAUGUGAAAGGAUUUGCCCUGUUCGAGCUGCGGGACAUGAGUGUGGCUGUUUGCAUAUGCUCUCUAAAUCGAUAAUGGAACAAUGUGUGGUUAGAUUGGAUGUGGCUAUGUUCAACGCUAUCCUUCGAGAGUCUGCUGAUGAGAUGCCUUCAGAUCCUAUAUCAGAUCCUAUCAGUGAUGCUGAGGUGCUUCCCAUUCCAGCUGGAAAAGCUAGCUUUGGGGCAGGUGCACAACUGAAAAAUGCGAUAGGGAAUUGGUCUAGAUGGCUCACUGACCUUGUUGGCAACUCACUAGUAGACGAAAAUAGAGAAGAUAAUGACGACAAUGAGAGUGAAGAAUAUGAUACAUCUUCCAAGUCUUUCUAUCUCCUCGACGCACUGAGUGAUCUUAUGAUGCUUCCAAAGGAUAUGCUGUUAAGUAGGACAAUAAGAAAAGAGGUCUGUCCCACAUUUGGUCCGAUUAUAAUAAGAAGGGUUCUUAAUGUUUUUGUCGCGGAUGAGUUUUGCCCUGAUCCAAUACCUGAAUGUGUACUUGAAGCUCUUAACACAGAGGAUCCUUUUGAUGCGGAAGAAGAUUCAGUCAUGAGCUACCCAUGCACAGCAGCUCCUAUAGCAUAUAAGCCACCUUCAACAGUUUCAGUGGAUGGUCUAUUAGGUGACAUUAGUAGCCAUUCUAAGCUGAGACGAAGCGGAUCUUCAGUGCUCAAGAAGUCAUACACAAGCGAUGAUGAGCUCGAUCAAAUGGAUAUGAACUUCAUCAUUUCUGAGGGCAUUGAAACUUCACCACUUGCAAAAUCCAGUAGGAUAUUGAAAGGUAAUGUUGAUGGAAAUUCUGUGAGGUAUCAACUCCUUAGGGAGGUAUGGAUAAACAGUGAAUUAUAAUUUGAUCUGUAGUAAUUAUUAGUUCUGUUAAUAAAUAUUUUCAGCUAACGCAA